CAGCUCGAGAAAGAGCUUAUGGAUGCAAAACUGGCGGCCGAGGAGGUGGAGAAGGAGAGGCUAAGAUUGGAGAAGAAGGCUAAGAAGGAGAAAAGGAAGCAAGAGUUGAGAGAUCAGAAGAAGAUAGAAGAGCUGCAGGCAAUCCAUCCAGAUGCUGAGCAGCUGAAGAGUGCAUCACCGGUCAAGUCAGCUUACAAGUCCAGCAAGGUGGAGAGUGCGGCCGGCUGGUCCGCGCUCGCCAAGCUGAACCUGGUGCUGCUGGUGACGGCGCUGGCGCUGGGCGGCGGCGCCAUGUACCUGCACUCGGGCGGCGAUAUGUCGCGCUCGGGCCUGGCCAGCAACUUGGGGGCUCUGGGCACGCUGACGCGCCAACAGGGCGGGCGCGCGCUCGACGCCGGCCUGCUGCUGCUCAAGCGCGCCUCGGAGCUGGGCACCGCCGCCGGCGACGUGCUGGUGACGCGUGCGCUCGACGUCUGGGAGUGGGGCGGCGGCCUGGCGGCGCGACUCGACCGGCUGUUGACCGACAGCUGCGGCGACUCGUGGAGCACCACCAAGGCGGCGGCCGGCGGCGCCGCCACCUGCUCCGCCUGGGAGCUCAGCUGCGCCGGCUGGGAGCUGGUGCGCACCGAGGGCCCCGUGUACGCCGCCUUGGUGGCUGAACAGGUCAACAGACUGGUGGCGGCCGUCACCGGCAGCUAG